AGAUGGCGCGACAGGCCUUCACAGACUGCAGGUGGAGGGCAGUGGUCUUGCCGCCCCAGACCCCCGGCAGCUCGGGGCAGUGUGCGGUCGGACAGCGGGGCCGGGAUGCAGGAGGCCGCGCGGCCUCGCAGACGUCUGGCCCUGGAGCGUCUCCAGGUGCCCGGGUGGGGCCGUGAGCGCCCAGUCAGUCACUCCGGCAUGUGGGCCGCGGGUGGGGCGGCGCGGGCGGGCCGGGGCUGAGGGACACUGUUUGCCAACAUCUCAGCCGGAGUGUUUGUCCAGCCAGCCUGUGCGGCUCGCCGGCACCUCUGCCUUGCCCUCCCUUCCUUCCCCGACAGCUUCUGGCGGCCCAAGUGGACGUGGUGUUGCUUCGUCAGCCUCCGAGGCGAGCGCAGGGCCCUGCACGGGUUCACGAACAGCGUUUUGGACCGUAUCUUUGCUGCCAGGAACCAAGAGCCGGUUUGCUGAAUUAUCGUCCCAGUCACUAGGAUUGCUGCGAAUCUCUGGGAAGGUCUGCGGGUAUGUCCACGUGCCAACAAGGCACACCUGGAAGCCAUUUUCAAGAACUUUUGUCACAGGUGUAAAAGUCUCCAGGCCUGCAAAGAUGCUGAAACAGAUACUAUCAGAGAUGUACAUAGAUCCCGAUCUACUGGCAGAGCUUAGCGAAGAACAGAAACAGAUCCUGUUCUUCAAGAUGAGGGAGGAACAGAUCCGCCGAUGGAAAGAAAGAGAAGCAGCAAUGGAAAAAAAAGAGUCCUUGCCAGUGACGUCCAGGCCAAAGAAAGAGAACAGCAAAUCUGUUCAUUGGAAACUGGGAGCCGAUAAGGAAGUCUGGGUCUGGGUGAUGGGCGAACACCAUCUAGACAAACCUUACGAUGUGAUCUGUAAUGAAAUUAUUGCUGAGAGGGCCCAGCUGAAAGCAGAGCGGGAAGCGGAAGAGCUCAGAAAAACUCAGUCCAAAGAAUUCGCCAAUAGCUUGAAAACGAAAUCACGAUAUUAUGAUCUGCAAGCACCAGAUACCCAGGAGACUCAGAAUAUCUAUAAGAAAGCAGCAGAAGAGGAAGAAAUGGGGAAAGGCUCUAGACCAGCACCACUCCUUGAAGAAGAGAAAAUUCCAUCACUCUCCAGUUCCUCAAGAAAUAUUCAACAAAUGUUGGCAGAUUCUAUCAAUCGUAUGAAGGCAUAUGGAUUUCACCAGAAGAAAGAAUCCGUGAAGAAAACACAAGAUGAAGAACUAAAACAAAUAGAUGAGGAGAAAACCAAGCAGAUUUAUAAAAGCUGGAAAGAAGAUUCAGAGUGGCAGGCAUCUCUGCGAAAAUCCAAAGCAGCUGAUGAGAAGAGACGCUCUUUGGCUAAACAAGCGCGGGAAGACUACAAGAGGUUAUCCCUAGCGGCUGAAAAAGGAAGAAGCGGUGAGGGACCACAAAGCGCCCCAGGUGUUCCACAGAAACCAAAAAGACCCCCCCUUCCACCCAAGCCUCAUUUCCUAAACCUGGCAGGAUACCCUCGAAAGCCUCUUAGAAACCAGGGAAUGACCAGGAUGGCAUCCAACUCUGCCCAGGAGGACAUCAUUCGGUGGUUUAAAGAGGAGCAGCUACCACUGCGAGCGGGCUACCAGAGAACCUCAGACACCAUAGCUCCCUGGUUCCAUGGGAUUCUGACAUUAAAGAGAGCAAAUGAACUUCUGAGCACAUGCGUGCCGGGCAGUUUUCUGAUCCGUGUCAGUGAAAGGAUCAAAGGCUAUGCCCUGUCCUAUCUGUCUGAGGAUGGCUGUAAGCAUUUCCUCAUAGAUGCCUCUACGGACUCCUACAGCUUCCUGGGCGUGGACCGGCUGCGGCACACCACCCUGGCAGCGCUGGUGGACUAUCACAAGGAGGAACCCAUAACUUCCCUGGGGAAAGAGCUCCUUCUCUACCCCUGCGGUCAGCAGGACGAGCCGCCCGACUACCUGGAGCUCUUUGAGUGACAGCCUCCAUCGUGUCAUCCUGCCCCUUCCAGCUGGGCUUUCCUCUGGGUAAACGCUGCUGAACUAGGCCUUUGUGUGAGAAGCCAAAGUUAGCCUGCAGCAGAGCCAACACUGAUCAACGGUCAAGUGUCCUUGGAGCCCCGUGGAAAUCUCUCUUCUGCACAAAUGCUGGCAUUUAACGUUAAGAGAAAAUUACCUCUGCAUCCUAUUCACUCCAAAAGUAAAGGGAGAUGAUCCCCAAUUUCAGCAACUACAUGAAGGAUACAACCGUAAUGAUGUAUAUAAAAUGAACACAGAAGAAAUUGAAACCUUUUAGGAAUUAAGGCGUACUUCAAAAACCAGUAGCUCCUGUCAACUAUUUUAUGACCUCUACGCUCCCUCUUUGCAUCAUUUCGCAAUGUCUCAGGAUGGUGUUUGUGUUUAAGUUCCAUGUUGGCUUUGGGGAACUGGCGGAAAAGGCUUCACUGGUGGUUGAACCAAUGCUGCAAACACACUUCCUUUAUUAUGCAUGUUGGAGCCAGGAUGUAAGGAAGAGACAUAGAAAAACAAGACUUGGGAAUGUAAAUCGAAUGAGGAGUUAAAACUGAGGAGGAGAGGCUUACCGUGUCAGGAAAUCCUCGGACGGUAGGGGAGUGAGCGAAGAGCUGUGAGCGUUUCCUUGUCCUGGAGGACAGCACAGGGCUCGCCCUGCGACCCUGGCUCGGUCGGAGAGCACCCCACGAAGGGUGAGGCCCGCGCACUCGCCAGGUGCGGACAGACCAGCGCGGAGAGCGAGCCGUUGCAGUACUGCUUGCUCUGGGUUGGAUGGUGUCCCCAGGAAGAUAGGUUGAAGUCCCAAACCCUGGUACCUGUGAAUGUGGCCUUAGUUGGGAAUAGGGUCUUUGCCGAUGUGAUCAAGUGAAGAUGAGUUGCUACUGGAUUCAGUGCACCCUCCAUCCAAGGACAGGCGUCCUUCUAAGGGGAGAGGGCUUGGGAAACAGAGACCCGCAGAGGUGAGGCGGCCAUGGGAAGCCAGGGAAUGCCAAGGAGCGCUGGCCACCCCCACAAGCCAGGGUCCUCCCCGGAGCCUUAGAGGGGAAUGUGGCCUUGCUGACAUCUUGGUUUCAGACUUCGAGCCUCCAGAGCUGUAAGAGAAUAAAUUUCUGUUGUCUUAA